AUGACGACAACAGAUGAUAAUAAAAAACAUGAAAAAGAUAUGGACGAAUUAAAAAGAUUAAAUGAACUUUUUUCUGAACGUUACACUAAUGAAGAUGAAGAAUAUAUUCAAAUGAUUCAACGUUCAAAUAGUCCACCAGUUGUAAAUGAUUGGAGUCAAGAAAGAAAUACUCAUCGACCACGACAAUUUAAUAAUAAUAAUAAUAAUCAACGGCGUUAUUUUUCAAAUAAUCGUCAAUCAUAUCGAAAUUUUUCAAAUACUCAUCAUUCAUACCGAAAUCGUAGUCGAAGUCCUCAUUAUCGUGAUACACGUCGGUGA